AUGUUUCCCAAGGUAAAUUUAAGACACCCUAAAUUGCAUCGAACCAUGGUUGAUAUUGAUGAUUAUCGCAAAAAAGCUAGGGAAGCUAAGGAAACUGGGGAUUAUUCUUUUAUAAGGACAGUGCCUCACGAUCCUCGAUUUCCAAACAUUAACCAAACCAGCGUGUAUUUUUACAGAAACUGCUUACAAAACUUCAUCGAUUUUCACCGCUGUAAGCGUAUAUACGGCGAAGACUAUAAACCGUGCAAUUACUUUGAAUUCGCUUACAGAGAUUUGUGUCCUAGUUUUAUGAUUGAAGCAUGGACUGAACAGGUGGAGAGUGACACGUUUCCAUACAAGAUCGAGUAA